GAUCUGUCAUCAUCCAGACUAUCGCCCGGGACCAGCGGGGGGGGGCGCUGCCUGCUGUGGGAGGUCUGGACCUAUCGCCCGGACCAGCGGGGGCGCUGCCUGCUGUGGGAGGUCUGGACCCACGCCCGGGACCAGCGGGGGCGCUGCCUGCUGUGGGAGGUCUGGACCUAUCGCCCGGGACCAGCGGGGGCGCUGCCUGCUGUGGGAGGUCUGGACCUACGCCCGGGACCAGCGGGGGCGCUGCCUGCUGUGGGAGGUCUGGACCUAUCGCCCGGGACCAGCGGGGGGGGCGCUGCCUGCUGUGGGAGGUCUGGACCUAUCGCCCGGGACCAGCGGGGGGCGCUGCCUGCUGUGGGAGGUCUGGACCUACGCCCGGGACCAGCGGGGGCGCUGCCUGCUGUGGGAGGUCUGGACCUAUCGCCCGGGACCAGCGGGGGCGCUGCCUGCUGUGGGAGGUCUGGACCUAUCGCCCGGGACCAGCGGGGGCGCUGCCUGCUGUGGGAGGUCUGGACCUAUCGCCCGGGACCAGCGGGGGCGCUGCCUGCUGUGGGAGGUCUGGACCUAUCGCCCGGGACCAGCGGGGGCGCUGCCUGCUGUGGGAGGUCUGGACCUAUCGCCCGUGCCCGGGAGGGCGCUGCCUGCUGUGGGAGGUCUGGACCUAUCGCCCGUGCCCGGGAGGGCGCUGCUUGCUGUGGGAGGUCUGGACCUAUCGCCCGGGACCAGCGGGAGGGCGCUGCCUGCUGUGGGAGGUCUGGACCUAUCGCCCGGGACCAGCGGGGGCGCUGCCUGCUGUGGGAGGUCUGGACCUAUCGCCCGGGACCGGGAGGGCGCUGCCUGCUGUGGGAGGUCUGGACCUAUCGCCCGGGACCAGCGGGGGCGCUGCCUGCUGUGGGAGGUCUGGACCUAUCGCCCGGGACCAGCGGGGGCGCUGCCUGCUGUGGGAGGUCUGGACCUAUCGCCCGGGACCAGCGGGGGGCGCUGCCUGCUGUGGGAGGUCUGGACCUAGCCGGGACCAGCGGGGGCGCUGCCUGCUGUGGGAGGUCUGGACCUUCGCCCGGGACCAGCGGGGGGGCGCUGCCUGCUGUGGGAGGUCUGGACCUAUCGCCCGGGACCAGCGGGGGCGCUGCCUGCUGUGGGAGGUCUGGACCUAUCGCCCGGGACCAGCGGGGGCGCUGCCUGCUGUGGGAGGUCUGGACCUAUCGCCCGGGACCAGCGGGGGGGGCGCUGCCUGCUGUGGGAGGUCUGGACCUAUCGCCCGGGACCAGCGGGGGGCGCUGCCUGCUGUGGGAGGUCUGGACCUAUCGCCCGGGACCGGGAGGGCGCUGCCUGCUGUGGGAGGUCUGGACCUAUCGCCCGGGACCGGGAGGGCGCUGCCUGCCUGUGGGAGGUCUGGACCUAUCGCCCGGACCAGCGGGGGCGCUGCCUGCUGUGGGAGGUCUGGACCUAUCGCCCGGGACCAGCGGGGGGCGCUGCCUGCUGUGGGAGGUCUGGACCUAUCGCCCGGGACCAGGGGGGCACUGCCUGCUGUGGGAGGUCUGGACCUAUCGCCCGGGACCAGCGGGGGGCGCUGCCUGCUGUGGGAGGUCUGGACCUAUCGCCCGUGCCCGGGAGGGCGCUGCCUGCUGUGGGAGGUCUGGACCUAUCGCCCGGGACCAGCGGGCGCUUGCCUGCUGUGGGAGGUCUGGACCUACGCCCGGGACCAGCGGGGGCGCUGCCUGCUGUGGGAGGUCUGGACCCAUCGCCCGGGACCAGCGGGGGCGCUGCCUGCUGUGGGAGGUCUGGACCCAUCGCCCGGGACCAGCGGGGGCGCUGCCUGCUGUGGGAGGUCUGGACCUAUCGCCCGGGGACCAGCGGGGGGGCGCUGCCUGCUGUGGGAGGUCUGGACCUACGCCCGGGACCAGCGGGGGGCGCUGCCUGCUGUGGGAGGUCUGGACCUAUCGCCCGGGACCAGCGGGGGCGCUGCCUGCUGUGGGAGGUCUGGACCUAUCGCCUGGGACCAGCGGGCGCUGCCUGCUGUGGGAGGUCUGGACCUAUCGCCCGUGCCGGGAGGGCGCUGCCUGCUGUGGGAGGUCUGGACCUAUUGCCCGUGCCCGGGGAGGGCGCUGCCUGCUGUGGGAGGUCUGGACCUGUCGCCCGGGACCAGCGGGGGGGCGCUGCCUGCUGUGGGAGGUCUGGACCUAUCGCCCGGGACCAGCGGGCGCUGCCUGCUGUGGGAGGUCUGGACCUAUCGCCGGGACCAGCGGGGGCGCUGCCUGCUGUGGGAGGUCUGGACCUAUCGCCCGGGACCAGCGGGGGCGCUGCCUGCUGUGGGAGGUCUGGACCCAUCGCCCGGGACCAGCGGGGGCGCUGCCUGCUGUGGGAGGUCUGGACCUAUCGCCCGGGACCAGCGGGCGCUGCCUGCUGUGGGAGGUCUGGACCUAUCGCCCGGGACCAGCGGGGGCGCUGCCUUCUGUGGGAGGUCUGGACCUAUCGCCUGGGACCAGCGGGGCGCUGCCUGCUGUGGGAGGUCUGGACCUAUCGCCCGGGACCAGCGGGCCUACGCUGUCCUU